AUGGCCUCCAGCUUUGCCUCAAAGCGCCUGGCCAAAGAGCUGUCAAAGCUCCACACAGGCUUGCCGCCCGGUAUUGACCUCAUCUCCGCCGACAACUUCGAGGAAUGGUUCAUGGACAUCCGAGUCCUCGACGACAACCCUCUGUACCGCAACGAGAUCUACAGACUCAAGUUCAAGUUCUCUCAGCAGUACCCCAUCGAGCCGCCGGAGGUUACGUUCGUCAAGACGACCGAGCGACCGAUCCCGAUGCAUCCCCACAUCUACUCUAAUGGCAUCAUUUGCCUCGAUCUUCUUGGCAACCAAGGCUGGAGUCCCGUGCAAAACGUAGAGAGCGUCUGCAUGAGCAUACAGAGCAUGUUGACCGGGAACGAGAAGAACGAGCGUCCGGCUGGCGAUGACGAGUUUGUGCGGAGCAACCGUCUGCGACCAAGAGACAUCGACUUCUACUACCACGACAACACCGUUUGA